AUGGCUAGAUUACCAAGCACUAGAAGCGCUCAUAAAAAGGAAACGGCAAAGAGGCGUGCUAAGCUUGAAGAACCCGAAGAAAACAGUUAUGUAGAUGACGGUGAACCUAUUCGAUUACUUAUGAUGAAAGGAUUACCAAGUUUAGACAGUAGAAGAGGGAUUCCAAGAAAGUCAAUGUCUUCAGAACUAGAAUCCCUUGAAAUGCUUAAGACUGAGCCGUCGUUGUGGGUUCGUUUCAGUGCCAACGACAAAUGCAAAGCUUUGAAAAGGCUAUAUCAAGAAGGUCCCUACAACUGUUUUAGUAUAAAAGAUUGUAAUUCAGAGCCAUGUCCUUUGUUUACAAGUAUCAACGAUGCGGUAGAACACUGUAAUAAUUGUAUAAAACCUAUGUACUCAACAUAUUCAAAUGGUAGAGCCAGUGAAUUCCGUGCAUUAGAGAAGCAGUUAAAAAGUAGAUAUGUCAAGGAAGCGUUAUUUGCAAGCAACCAAGUUGAAUGUUUGUCCUGUCCAAGAAUGUUUUCACAUCAUUACGGACUUCUUUACCACUUAGAUCGAUGUAAUGUUGAUAUCGCGGAAAGACCAUGGAAGUGUUAUAAAUGUGGUUACACCACUACUCAAGAUCAGUCUGAUCUUCAUUUAGCUUAUUGUGGAUUGACGGAAGAAGAGCUCAGAAUCAAAAAAGAGUUAGAUGAAAUGUUUGAGAAUUCGGGUGCUGCAAGGAAGGAAAUGUACAAAGCUAUAAAUGAACAGAUGUCAAUAGCUAGUCAAAAUGCCGGACUCAAUAUGUCGCCAGGAGAUGGUGAAAACAAUUUAGAAGAAAUUGCAGCUGAAAAAGCGUUAGAAAUAAUUUUAUCCACACCAAGCACUAUACGUUCUACAAGAAAAAGAAGACAUCCUGUAUCUUUAUCGGCAGGCUAUAUACCCCCCGACUCAUCACGUGUUAGAAUAUCAAAUUCCGGAGCUCUUCGGUUCAGAUUCCGUAAGAGUGAGAUAACGUCAAAUCCUCCCUGUAUAUCUGACUGGGUCCGUUAUACAGAUUUUGUUCUUAAGUCAGGGAUGAGUACCGAACUGGAGCAGUCGAAAGAAACGCUAUGUCGUACUCUAAGAGAAAUAAAGUCCGGGGCUUGGGUUGCAGUUUAUGAACAUCCUAGAGUUCAUUUCGAUCUCGAGAAGUCGUCAUUACCGUUCAAGGAAAUCAAAAAUGCGAGUAAUGUGAGUGAGGAUUGUUUGCCUCCUGGUAUCAAGCGACUAAAAGUUUUUGAAACAACAUCUGUCCGCGUAGAAGAAGAAAGCGAUGACUUCAUUUACGCUGGGUAUGCUGGUGGACCUAUUCAUACUAUAGAGUUCGCACCGAAUAAAUUAUCAGAAAAUGAGGAAGUUUUUGUUACAUUGGUAUAUCCUUCGGAAACUGAUUUAAUCACUUCUACUUGGAAGACAGAUGAUGGCUUUUGCCAAUUCUGGAAACUUUGCUAUGACUCCACGACGAAAAGACAAUCUAUAAAACCUUGGUUUGUUUUGAGACACGAUCAUGGUCUCCUACUCACUGCUACCUGGUUAGAUCGGAAGAACAAGACUGACGAGUCGUUGAUUGGUUAUUUAGCUCUGGGUACUUCUCAAGGAACGGUGUUAAUUUAUAGAGUGUCUUCUGAGAGUGUUAAUACGGGGAGUGCAAACUAUGUUCCAGUAGUUUUCUAUGAGCCUGACAUUGUUCUCAGUAUAGAAAAUAGAUUAUUAAAUACUGAAAACUCUCUUCUUGAAAUGUCUGGAAUGCUAGAGGAGGAAAUGAGUUUUCAACCUCCAAUUUUACGAUUAGCUUGGUGUUCUCAAGGACCAGCUCAAUAUGUAUGUGCGUCCAACGCAGCUGGUGAAAUCGUUACUUGGAAUCUUUUGGAAAGUUUUAAAGAACCUUAUAUUCUGAAAGAUUUGGAAUGGGGCUCUCCCGCAGUGGAUGUUUGUUUUCAGAAAGGAUAUGAAUUGGCUGUCGCGUUUCGUGAAAGACUGAUUAGAGUCUAUGAUGUGACAAAUUGGGAAUGUGUUCUGGAAGAGGCAACUGUAAGAACAGCAGGUUCCCGCGUCAUGAGUGAACCUCGAUGCUUUCCUGGCUUGAUUGCUUUCCAAUCUGAAUAUGCCGCUUGUGGAGAUACUCAAGCUACUGCGCUCGCAUAUAUUUCAUCAGAUGUUCAAUCACAAGGAUACUUCGUUGUCCCGUUAGCGAACAGCCAUUUUUUACAAACAUUUGAUGUAUCAGUCUCAACCAUAAACGGCAUUGUUGCUUCAUGCGGAGCAGAUGGACAGCUUCAUGUUUCUGCUAAUGGAAAAAUGGCUGCUAAUUUAAGCAUAAUAGAUUGUGCGUUCAGUUUAAAGAAAACAUCUCUUUCUCUAACGAGGAGACGGUUAACUAAAGUGCAAGACCUCAAGAAUGCUGUAAUCAAAGAAAGCAUAAUAAGCCAUAAAGAUAUAUGUGAGAAUUUGUGGUUAGAAAUACGAGCAGAUGUUCCGAAGGAAGGUAAGGAUGUUGAAUAUGCCGCGAUUGAUACGCGAGUGGAAUCACUUAAUGCUAUUGGCACAAAUAAGUUUUCAAAGUCAACUGUGAUAACAGGAGGUCAGGCUGGAUUAUUAUUCUGUCGGCCACUGAACUUCGAAGGCGAUGGUGAUGUUUUGAGUAGAAAGUAUCAAAGAAAGUAA